AAUUGUUGGAACUUAGUAAGUAGAAGCAAAAACCUCUGCUAACACACACAGCAUAUAUAUGAUACAUUAAAGAAAGAUUUAUCGCGAGUUACUAAAUCUGAUUAUGUUAUAUAUUAAAAUUUAGUGGGUAUAUGUCUCCUGAAUAUGCAAUGGAAGGCCGCUUCUCCAUAAAAUCUGAUGUGUUUAGCUUUGGAGUGUUAUUACUUGAGAUUAUUAGUGGCAAGAAGAACUCUAGUUUUUAUGACAGUGACCCUCUUCACCUCCUCGGAUAUGCAUGGAAAUUGUGGAAUGCUGAUAGAGGAAUGGAGUUGAUGGACCCAACAUUGGAUAAUCCUUCUUCUACGUCUACAUUGUUAAGAUACAUUAACAUAGGACUUCUCUGUAUUCAAGGAUAUCCUGAUGAUCGACCUACCAUGUCUGACGUUGUCUCAAUGCUUAAUAAUGAAUAUGCACCUCUACCAAAACCUAAGGAACCUACUUUUUCUCUCUGCCGGCUUGUGGUGAAUACAAAUGCAUCAUUUAGCAAUAAUGAAAACCAUUCAAUAAAUACUGUAACAAUUUCAGAGAUUGAGGCGAGAUAGUAUUUUCAUAUUCGCAAGACAUUUUGUAUCAAAUGGAAAUUCUAAUCUCUUUGAUUAUGCUCUUAAA